GCCGGCACCCGUAUGUGCACUCUGUGCAUUGAUACCAGACAGUGAACGUGGAAUAUCUGAAGAAUAUGAAGGUCCUUGCUGCUUUAAUAGCUGUUUGCGUGGUAGCUUCACUGGUGCAGGCUGAACUGAUCAUAACUGAAGAACAGAAGUCCAAGCUCAUAGGUCACCACAAAGUGUGCUCAGAACAAGUAAGUGUACAGGACGAUGUCAUAGAGAAACUCCUCGAAGGCGUCUUCAGCGAAGAUCAAUCCUUCAAAAACUACCUCUUCUGUCUGUCCAAAAGAAUUGGCUUCCAGAACGAAGCUGGUGAGGUGCAAAAAGAAGUUAUUAUCACAAAACUGAGAGAUUCCAUAGAAGAUCCUUCUAAGGCGGAGGAGUACACUGAAAAAUGUCUUGUUAAAGAAGGAAAACCCGCUGAUGUCGUGUACAAAGUAGUCACUUGUUUGCAAGAAAGUACCCCAAACGUUCUGUUUGCUUAAUUAUGUUAAUUUUGUAUCAAAUACAAUUGUUUUUAAUUUUAUAUUAAAUAAAAUAUACCCAUUAUUAUUU